CAGGAGGAGAAAGUAAACAACAACAGCACAAAUAGUGUAUAACAUUAAAUGAAUCGUGCGAUGAUUGGCCGAUGGCACGUGGGUCAUUUGUCUGACGUUGACCAGGAAAAGGGGAAUCACUGUGAACCGUUUGGUCAGCGCUAUGUGUGUAUGCGUGUGAUGCCGUACUGUGGAGGAAAUUUUCCUCACCACCGUUUUUGUGGAUCGCAUAAAUAAAGCCAGAAGCGCCAUUCGUAGCAGAUCAAAACGUGCACUUCAGUCGUUUAGGAGUUAUUGACAUGAUCGUGCGGUUUGGAUUAGUAGUAUCGAUCUGCUCGCUGCUGAUCGAGUCGAUCGGAGCUCGUCGGUUGGAAGAAACACAGCACGUGCGAAAUUCUAGCUGUGAAAUACCUGGUGAACUGGUUGAAGGGGUGUGUAUAUCUACAACGGAAUGUGUAGCCUUCCGGAAGUUGACUAAUGACAGUGAGGUGAAUUUAAUCGAUCGAGAGGAGUUUGUGGAAAGAUUAAAGUGUGGAAAACAUGAUGGUACGGAGAUUUGCUGCCCCCAUGGGGAAUCAUACAACUUGCCUGAGGAGAAGGACGAGCUUUGUGGUGUGCAGGUGCCCAAAUUCAAAAUCAAAGGAGGCGUAAUCGCAGAUAUCGAUGAGUUCCCCUGGACGGCAAUGCUUUUACGGCAGAAUCGUAAUACCAAUUCACUGUACUAUCAUUGUGGGGCGGCACUGAUAAGCAGAACUUUCGUACUAACAGCAGCUCAUUGCAUUGCCGUCAACGCAGCAGUAGAAAAACAAGAUCCUUUAAAGUUCGUUCGUCUGCGUGAGUACAACAUCUUCCAGGAUCCAGACUGCGUACUGGGAAGCGGUUUCAUGGAUUGUGCCGAGGGAAAGCUAGACUUCAAACCGCGCUCGAUAGUGAUCUAUCCGGGAUUUACACUAGAUUCGCCAAGGUACGAUCACGACAUUGGUUUGAUACAGAUAGAUCCGGUUCCAGCUUACUCUGAUUUUCUACGCCCGAUUUGUCUGCCCGAGCUCGAGUUGGAAAAUGGCGCCCGUCCGGGAGGAGUGUUCAAUGUUGCCGGCUGGGGGAAGACUGACUUUUUCAGCAAGGACCUCGGCUCGAUAAGCUUCAGCCCGAUCAAAUUGAAGGUAGUGCUGCCAUUCUUCGCCCUGGAACAGUGUAAGAAAGUUUACGAAAGUCUGAAUGCGUCCCACGUUCGUGAGACACAACUUUGUGCGGGAGGCCGGAGGGCGAAAGAUUCCUGUGCCGGGGAUAGCGGAUCCCCGCUGAUGCACUACGAUCGCCGAAAAGCGGUCUGGGUACUGACUGGAGUAGCCAGCUAUGGUGUUCAGGAUUGUGGCCGGCCCGGGGUGCCGAGCGUUUACACCAAUGUGCGAGAAUAUUUAACGUGGAUUAAGCAAAAUAUAAAAUCGCUUCAGGAUCCGUAAAAA